GAUGUGUCGACCCAACAGAGGAACAGUUCCCGGAUACUUCCUGGCCGGACGUGUCAUGGGCUGGCUGCCGGUGGGUGCAUCACUCUUUGCCAGCAACAUUGGUACGGAACACUUCCUGGGCAUGGCUGGAUCUGGCGCUGCUGCGGGUAUUGGCGUUGGAGCUUAUGAAUUUAAUGCACUGGUACUUUUACAACUGCUGGGCUGGGUAUUUCUGCCUGUGUUUGUUGCCAGUGGGGUGAGCACUCUGCCAGAGUACACAAAAAAGAGGUUUGGUGGACGCAGGAUCCAAAUUUACCUGGCAAUGCUUUCGCUCAUCCUCUACGUUUUCACAAAGAUCUCGGUGAACUUGUAUGCAGGUGCUGUCUUCAUCCAGCAGGCACUAAGAGUGAACAAUAUAUACUUCUCCACCAUUGGUCUCUUAAUAUUGACAGCCCUUUGCACCAUGCUAGGAGGACUUACAGCUGUCAUCUACACGGACACGCUGCAGUUCUUCAUCAUGAUAGGCGGAUCCUUUUACCUUAUGAUUAAAGCUUUCAGUGUUGUGGGGGGAUAUACAGAGCUACAGACCAAGUAUCUUGAAGCAAUUCCAGAGAAACUGAUAGAUAACUCAACCUGUGGACUUCCUCGUGUUGACUCGUGGAGAAUGUUAAGAGAUGCUGAUCCCACUGUCAGUGAUAUGCCUUGGCCUGCCUUCAUACUGGGCCAGAUGCCCGUUUCCAUCUGGUACUGGUGUGCUGACCAGAUGAUGGUACAGCGUGCAAUGGCAGCUCGCAGCCUGUCACAUGCAAAGGGCGGCACCAUUUUUGCUGGAUUCAUUAAACUUUUGCCACUAUUUAUAAUAAUUUUACCAGGUAUGAUAUCCCGUGUGCUGUUCCCCAAUGAGGUGGGUUGUAUUGUUCCUGAAGAGUGCUAUAAGUUCUGUGGCUCAAAAAUAUCAUGCACCAACUCUGCAUACCCUAAACUUGUGUUGGAAUACUUGCCAAGUGGAAUGAGAGGUGUCAUGCUGUCAGUUAUGCUUUCAGCUCUUAUGAGUGAUCUUACAUCCAUCUUUAAUUCUUCUUCUACACUUUUCACAAUGGAUAUUUGGCCAAUUUGUAGGCCCAAAGCCACAGGAAGGGAGAAACUCCUUGUGGGAAGGAUUUUCAUCAUAAUUUUAGCGGUUGUUUCCAUCUUGUGGAUUCCUAUCAUUGAGCGUAAUCAAGGUGGACAGCUGUAUGUCUACAUUCAAGCAAUUGCUGCUUACCUAGCCCCACCAGUUGCUGUCAUCUACUGCUUAGCUAUUACAUGGAAAAGAUUUAAUGAGUCAGGUGCAUUCUGGGGGCUGGUGAUUGGCUUUGUGAUAGGUACAGUACGUAUGGUUUUGGAUUUCUACUUCGGGGAACCGACCUGUUAUGAGGAUGAUUAUAGACCUGUAAUUAUUCAAAAUUUCCACUUUAUGUACUUUGCAACAUUAUUGAUCUGGGUGACAGCAAUUGUAGCAGUUGUUGUCAGUAUUAUCACCGAGCCUCCGGAGAGUUGGAGAUUAAUUAGAACAACUUUCUUCACUCGGUAUGACCGGACUGAACGUCAUGAUGACCUGGAACUUAAAGAGAAGGCCAGGAAUGAACUACUACUGGAUCAACCACAAGAUACAGUUGCUCCUGACAACCUACACUACAUGACACCGUGGUACCUGCGAUUUUUCAAUUGGCUCCUAGGAUUUGAUAAUUCAGAAAAAGCACAGCAACAAGCAAUAGCUAUGAAUGAACACAUCACUCAGCUAACCAACUUGCAUCAAGAACGAUGGGAGAGUUAUCUACUCAACUUCAUGCUGGUGAUCAUCCUUAUUCUCACUUUAGUAUUGUAUACAUUCUUUUCUAUCAAUCCUUUUACUACUGAAGAAGUUUAUGAAAUUCAACGAGAAAAACUCCAUCAGUUAGGGUAUGAGAAUAUAUUGUAACAGAAUUAAAUGUUUUUUUUUUCCAUUAUGUAAAAGCAGUGUUUGUUUGGGGGACAAAAUACUUCCCUUGAUAUCACUAGUGGAAGGGAUGUGUGCAAUAUGUAAGUAGAGAAAUUUCAAACUUAGACCAUCAGGCAAAAAAGGGUCAUCUUGAUUCAGUUUAAUUUUUUAACUUUUUUGUCUGUAUGCCUCAAGAAAUGCUACCAUAAUUAAAAGAAUCCCUAGAUCAAGGAAUAUCCCAAGAUAGAAAUUUGUCAGUGACAUGCAAGUUUUGAAGAAACACUGAGAAAGUGCAACAGAAAACUUUCACUUAAUCAGCCUAAAUUCUUAUGUCUGCGAACUAGUGAAUUUUGAGUGAUGUUAUUGUCGUUCAUCUCUCAAAUCCUGUAUAAAAAAUUUACUUUUUAAAUAGUUUUAAAAUGCAUUGGCCAAAGGCAUUUGAUAAAAUGCCACACAAAUGGCUGACCCAAUAGCUACAAAACUGUAAUGGAAUCACUGGUAAAAUAAAAAAAAAUGGAUCAAAUCCCAGGAAGAAGAUUAAACUUUAAAUACAGAAAAAUGUGACAAGAACACUGG